UGUACAAACCCUUCUCCUAUGAACAAUGGAGCCCAUUGUUCUGGACCAGCAAAGGAAAUAAAGGAAUGUCCACCUUUGCUUUUCAUCAAUACAUCCAAUUGCAAAAGUCCCUUAGGAAUGGAAGAUGGAACCAUUAAAGAUUUCCAGAUCACUGCUUCAUCCUAUGCUGGGCCUAUUGAUCAUAGAGAMUACCCGAAAGCCAACGCUCCAUACAAUGGAAGACUCAAUCAUAAAGCGUCACAAACGUCCAACGGCGGCUGGGCUGCAGCUGAAAAGAAAACAGGUGAAUACAUCCAGGUUGACCUUGGCAGCGUCAAGGUCAUUACCAUGGUAGCCACUCAAGGAAGAUCACAUGCUUGUUGUAGGCAGUAUGUGACUAAGUACUCGCUGUCGUACAGCGUUGAUAACACAACAUGGAAAGACUACCUUGGGGACUGCAUCAAGGAAUUUCCUGGUAAUAAGGAUAAAGAGAGCAUCGUCCUUAACAAGCUUGAAGUACCAAUCAGAUCACAAUAUAUUCGACUGAUUGCGAAAGGAUUCCUUGACCAUCCUUCAUUGCGAAUGGAGUUGUAUGGCUGUUCCAACCUAAACGGAGUCGUGUGAACGUUUUUUGAUCUUUUUUGAACACUGAGGCACCCUUGAGUCAUACCCGAAACAAUUCCGAUUUCAUAUCGAUUUCGUCACAAUGACAAUGAUUGCACAUCCGACUGCAGAAUUCAAAUAUGUGAAUCAAUGGCAUGCAUGUAACGAUAAAAAAAGAAAGAAAAAAUUAAAGUAGCCAGUUAUGUCAGAAUGUUGCCCGAAGGUUUUGCAAACCAUUACCUCAAUGAAUCAUGACCGUAGCAUUGAAACAACGAAGGUUUUACGAUCGAAUCAAGUGCCCGAAGAUCUUGCGAAUCAUGCCAAUAGUUUUACUUAUAAAUCACCCCUGAGUGACACUGGUGAAAAACGCACUGCGCAUGUCCACAGCUUUCCCGCUGAAAUCUGCCUAAUUUCCUUUG